AUAACGAAAAAAUAAAUUAUAAAGCAUUCGGGAGCCACAUGAAAUCUACUAGUUCGGUUUCGACGUCGGUUGUGAAAACAUCUCAACGAAUUGAAUUGAAAAUAUUAGUUUCUUCAAUUGUGAUUAGUGUAAAUCGGAAAAAAACAACAAACCUGGCACAGGAUACAGUCAACAGAAGCCGUACCUCACUGCAGCAGCCAGCACUCACGGAUAAAAUGUCCAUCGUCGAUACUCAGAUACUUGACAGUGCGGAAGGGCAAAUGAUCGAUGAAAUUAUAUCAGAGAAAACGACGGCAGCUCUGGGCAGUCCACAAAGUACCAGCAUCCUUCAAAUGGCGAUGACAGCGUUGCGCCUCACAUCAGCAGCUCCUAGCAGUGAUCGCACCAAUAAUAACGAGCUGCUCAAUCGGAAGCAGAUUACUCUUGACGAGGUGUCUUAUCAUGACACUUUCAGUGAUUGUUGGAUCGUGCUGUACGAUCGGGUAUACGACGUUACCAAAUUUCUCCGGCAGCAUCCCGGUGGCCACGAUGUACUACUGGAACACGCUGGACGAGAUGCAACCAUCGCCUUCAUCGGGACCGGUCAUUCGGAGGCAGCGAUCGCAUCGCUGAAGCUGUACGAAAUCGGAGAACUACCACAACGCGAGUGCAUCUACAGAUCGGCAAGGAAGCUGAUCGCAACUAUUCUUCCUGACUAAAGCGGUGUUGGGAAUCUACGUGAGACUGACGAGUAACUGCACCAUUGUAUGAUUUUAUCGUUGCCCGGUUAGAGCGACAGCCCAGAAGACUUUGAUUGUACUAUAAGUUAUUAUUUCGCUGAUUCAAAUCAAUUCAUUUUAAAUAAGAUACAUCAUGUGGUUGGGAUAGCUUUAAAAGUGCUUAUUCAUUCUAACUCAGUGAAAAUAUGCUUUAUAAUCAUGAGACAGUAUUGACAACCAGCAUCAUUCAUAUUUAUCACUAAAUAUAAGGAAUAAAUACAAUAGAUGUGAAAUGUAAAAAAAAUAAUAUUUAAAUCAUAUUGUAAAUGGGUCUGUGUUUAUCCGAUGAUUAUUUACUAGACAAUGUUUUAAUCCGAUAACCAACCGGAGACCGAACUAUUCAUUCGUGUUGGUGAAGAAGCCUUCUGUAUCAGCUCUAACUGAGGAAGUUCUCCCCAUAUCAUCGAGACGGGGACGCAGUCAGUUUCAAGUCCGAGUAACGGUGAGUGGGGCCAAGCUCUACCGUGAAGUCUGGUACGUACUGUCUUCUUUGAAAUAUUCAACCGACUCACACGUGUUGAGUCUUCUUCUACAACUCGAUUCCACUUUUUUUUCAAUCUCGAUUCCUUAUUUUUCCUCUUUCUCUUCAUUCUCAUUUGUUUAGUGAAGGUACACCGCGGCAAGAUGAAACAGUUUUUUCAAAUUUGAAUUUUAAAUUGGUGUAAUAAAAUCAUAAGAUUAGAGGAACUGGUACAAAUUCGGUACCCCGUGGGUAAUUUGGUACCCACCCGGAUCUCCGGCGGUAAUGAGCGCACUCUGGUGGUGAAUAAAAAAAAAGGGUUCUAGUAAUGUAGUAAAAAACGUCAGAUGCCAAAAACCCAAAAUGUCUGUGUUUUAGAAAAAAAAACAAUUUUUGUUGUUUUUGAAAUCUCGAAAAUUUUUCAUGUGCGUCUUUUGAAAAAUCAUUAAAAAUCGAAUAGUGAACCGAUUUUAAGCAUUAAAGCUGAUUUGGAUCAAGAAAUUGAUGUUCUUCAACGAAUUCGAGUAAGUGUAUCGAGAUGUUAAUCACAAAUUUCAUAGAUUUCAUUCCAAAGUGAAAAUUCGGUAUGCGGGUUAUUUUGCAUUUUAAUUACAUUUUAAUGAUUCCAUGGGCCCAUUCCGCCUGCACCGAAUGCGAGACUGGUUACUACGCCUGUUGUAAAGGCUUUGAUUCGUUUAACUUUUUAGUUAGAAAUAAAUCGAGAUGAAAUUUGUUCACUUUUUCUUGAAAAAUCGUUUUUUCUCUUUGUUCCUCUUUGUUUUGUAAAAUUGCAUGCUUUUUCGUCAAAGUUGAGUUAAUUUACGUAAGAUAGUGUACUUCACUUCUAUUUUGUAUGAAAAUGUCAAAAGCUACAUUUUUCAGUGAUUUCAGGACGAUUCUUUUAAUUUGAUAAAAUAAAAAAUGGGGUGCCAAGGCAUCUCGUGUACUCGAAUUUGAGUUGUUUCAUUUUUACACCCAAAAUUUAUUUUUAGCUCAUGUUUUGUCAUCCCGAUUUAUGACAUUAAAUGAGACAUAACAUAACAGAAAAUGUCAUGACUCACAAAUACAGGGAAGUAUUUAUAUAAUAUACAUGGUACAGCAAUAUAAGAUUAAUACGAGCGAGCGAAACAAAAGACAAAUAAGCUUUCCGCAUACUUUGCCACAUACACGGCCCAGACCAAGAUAGAUAUUGUUCUCUUUCAUGCGCUCCUUUUUUACUCUUAGAAAACGCUUCCCAACUUCAUUUUGUAAUCAGGUGCAAUAUUAUCAUGUAUUUGCUGAACAACUGCUGAAGCAUCAUUAGCUAUGUGGAUAGCGUGGCCGUGUAAAAUAGCUUUGCAUUCCAACCGACCUUUGUUCGAUCCUCAUUGACGUAGUACGGACUAUUUUUUGGCACUGUAAAUGACAAUUACGAUAUUGUCAUUGCUGUUGAUAAAACACCGGCUGGAGAUCACGUGUGACGCUUUCCAUCUUCUUCAUCAAUGGAACUAACGUCCAUAACGUACGUCUUCUCAACAUAGUAUUGUUUACGUCAUUUUUAUUCUUACUUAAUUGAAAUUGCUAUGCCAAGAAACAUAAAUGCAUUCUGAGUAACAAACUCUAGAAUAUGUGUGACCACAUCUAAAGGUCAGAAGAUUUUUUUUUGAUGCAAGAUUACCCGGCGGUUCCACAGGGACAAAAUGGAUAUUGAAUCAACAUUCAAAGACGAAGUCCCGUCACAUUAUGAACAUCAUUGCUCAUUUUGAAUUAAUCUUUAUGAACAAAACAAAAGAGUGCGCUCGAUGGAUUUUUAUGAUGAUUUGAGAUUUUUAUGAUGAUUUGAGGCAACAUUAUUCUACGAUGUCAUGAGCAAUACCAACAAUUCAUGGUCGACAUGUAGGCGAAUGUAGAAAACGAACGACUGCGAUUCCUACGAUACAACAGAAGCGGUGUGAGGAAGAAUACAUUCACUUCCGAGAUACUAUCAUGAGCAACGCCGAUACAGACUUGCCAGGCAAAAACGUCUAUUGACCAACUACCCAUCCGUGUUCUGCGAUCUGACCGAGUCAGAUUUACCCGAACGGAUCACAAUUCUUACAUUCUGUAAUCCGUUAGAUUUAUAUAAAAUCGAAUCAUGCCAAUAUAACAACUUUGACACGCUAUUCGACAAACACGACAUUGAGCUUUGUGUCCCACUUCCGUAACGCGAAAAUGGUGAUGAAUUUUCGGGUGGAAUAAACACACUUUUGAGACAUAAACAAUGAAUAAAAAUCAGCUUUACCGUAUCAAAUAUGUGUUCUAUGUUAUAAGGUAAUACAUGCCCCACGGGUGGGGAAAAAUCUUGAAUGAAAAUUGUGUCUGAUAAUAAUUUCAGGUUAUGGAGAAAGUUUUAAAUGCCAUGCCAGGUAAAUGCCAGGAAAUUUAUUAAAAAAAGUUAAGUUAAGAGUUAAGUUAGGACUAUGCCUUUAAGUAUUCAAAUAACAUCGAGUAAUAACACAUGCCAAAUAUGAUGACAUGUUUUCAUUCAAAUUUUUACAAUUUAAAAUUGCUUUCGGUUCUGCUAAUACGAUAGCAGCCAUUCCAUGGCAAACCGAUAUAGUGGUCCUCAGAUUUUCAUGAAAAAAUUGUAGUUUUGUUCCUUAUCGCAAAAUAUUAGACCCGUAUUUUUUUAUUUUCCCAUUAGGGUGCCCAUUUCAAUUUUAGGGUGGUUCACUAAAACAACUUUUUCCCUUUUUUCCAAAAAUUACUUUUUUCAAAAAUUCAUCGCUUCUGGAAUACUGAACCGAUUCCGAUAAUCAACAUAUCAAAUGGAAGCCAAUGUUAGUACUCUUUGGAAAAAUAUUACUCUUCAUUACUUGUUUACACAGAAUACAUAUUCGAUACGGAAAAGAUUAUUUUCAUUCAUAAUUUUAUUUUGAAUUAUUUCAUUCCACCUGAAAAUCCAUCAUUGUCAUUGUUGUUUCCCAAACUCGUAAAACGAAGCUCAAUGCAGACAACGCGAUUUUUUUCUCCAAAAUAUAAAGUUUAUUGGGUUCCUUUAGCGUUAGCUCUUCGGGCCGGAAUUCCAUCAUUUCACAAUUUCUACUGUUGACGAAUCGACGAAUUUUGUGUGUAUGAAAUGCGUCUUUUGUAAGAAUCUCUUCUUUGAAUUUCACGACAUAUUCCAACUCUAUGUUGUACUAUCAACAAGACUUUUCACACUAAAAACU